GAACACAGUUACAGCUAUUUGACUUGGAGGGAUAUGUCGAGUCAAUGGGGAGUACUAAAUGUGCUCUCUUCCAAGAAGUUGUGGACAGCUCCAAGUAAAGACCAGUACUUGCCAUCAUACUUUAAAGGGGUAUGUGCUGUCUAUGCCAAAAGCGAGAACGCCCAUCGUGUUUUUCCUGUCGAGGUCAGUACACAAUACAAGUCUGAGAUUAUUACAGUUUAUUAAUUUAAGGUACAUGUAUUAUUCAUUCUCGGAGACCCAGGGUCAAAUAUUAAGGGUUAUGUACGUGUACUUCACACCCACUGAAGAGGAUAAAAGAAAGUGCCCCACGAUAAGACUACAACUCUGGUGCAGAUGGAUAUUUCCCCUGUUUACACUGCUCAACUCUACUGUGCUUCAUCUUUUCAAGAUGGUCUCAAUGAGAAUUGCAGAGCCUGAGCCACCCCUUGACCAGCGGUCAGGAAUUGUAAAGAGACCUUUAAAUAUCAAUGUUAGUCCCAAACUUGCAUGCAUUAGGUAGGUUCUGUUUUUUGGGUCACUCAAAACCAACACAGAUCCUCUAUUGUUAUUGGGGCUCAUAAAAGACCCCAUAAGACAGCCGAUUUUGGACCAGCCUGUUUCCCAGAAAUAGAAUCUUAUGUAUCGAACAAAACAAGUCAUUUUAAUUUUGUACUUACAAUAACUGCAUACAGUCGUAGCAUGUCAGUUUUGUUUUAUUUUGUUCUUUUUUUAGUGCCUUGGACGUCCAAAAACAUCACAUCCUUCAACACCUAUAUGGGUACUUGGUUCCAAUUUGCACGUGAAGGUUGAUAUCAAAACAGGGAGAGCUGAAAGGUUGGGUAUCACAGAUUCACCUUACUGUGUUCUAGACAGUAAGGUAUCUUAUAAAAUGCCAACCUUCAACUUUGAAGGUAACUACACGUUUUUUAAUGCUUCAAUAGAUUCUCUCUUAUUGGCAGUUUUGAGGCUCAUAAAAUUAAAUAACAUAAACAAGCUUGAAGGAGCUACAUCACAGUUUGGACUAACAUUAAUGUGUAAUUUCAAAAAAAAAUAAUCGGAUUUAAUCCUCUGUCAUCUUAAUCAUCCUUGUUCCUUUCUGGAUUAGUAUCUUCCAAGGUUUGCUCCAUUUUAAGGGGAAUUUGGUUACUUAAAAAAGUGACUAAAGAUGUUUUUAUGUAGCUCCUUUGAAGUAGCAUUGCAAAACUUAAAAUUCUGUACUGAAGACUGUAUUUUUUUCCUUGUCAUGUCCUCCCAACUUACGUCUACUACAACAUUUUUUAUUUGCUCAUAUAAUACAUGAAUACAUGAAUGCAAUGAGAAUGAAACUGAUAGUAAAGUGAUACAUGUAAGGUACAGAUCUUUAACGACGAUGAAAGACAAGGAGCACUGUGGAGAGAUUAUGAAGAGAGAGAGAGAGAAAUUUAUAUACUGAACGUUGAGAUCAGCUAAAAAAGAUUUAUAUCUAUAGAAAAAAGAAAUUUUCAACUUGUGGCAUCUUUUACAAGGAAUGUGACAAUUAGGUAAGAUAAAACCAGUGUAUUCCACGUCCAGUCCAAAAUAAUAUCUUUAAAACAGUCAAUCAGUUCUUUAACUUUUGCUGUUAUUAAAAGGAAAAAAUCUACACCUUCAAGUAUAAAACUGUGAUGGUCUGCUUUGUCCUGUAUGUUCAAUUACAUAAAUAAACAAGAACUCCUUGACCCUUACUGUCAGUAAUGCUUGCAUGCCAACGAAGGUAGAUGUUGAUUGAAAUAGUCAAUGCCUACCAUUUACUUUUAAAAUUUUAAAAAGCUUUUAAAAUAUCCAUGAUAAUACAAGGUUUUUAUUUCUUUAGGGAAUCUGGAUACAGAAAUUCUGAAAAAGCCCAUUACAGUUAUGAACAAGCAUAUGGGGUCCAACUUCCCAUCUACCUUGCUCACAAUGGGUGGAGUUGGCCUAGCUCUCCAUUAUGAACAGCUAUGUACCCUUUAUGAUGGGGUCCCUCUUAUACUUGCAUGGGGGAAACCAUUGUCUGGCAAAACUACUGCCGCAAAGACUGCUAUGGCCUUAAUUGGCCAACACGAAGAAGUAGGAGGUAUGUUAAAAACAAGUAUGUAUUAGUCUGCUAAGAGCAUGAUCAACCUAAAAGACUCCAUGUCUAGACAAUGUCUUCAAAUUGCCAAAUUUUGUCAAACAGAACAGCAGUAAAAUUCACCUUUCAAUUAACUGUUGUCUAUGGGUAGUGUGAUCUCUCUUACAUUUUUGUAUCAAAUAAUUAGAAAUAUAAGUUAGUACAACUCCAAGAAGAACAGAUCAAUUUAACAUUCUUUGAAAUACUUUUUUUCCUCAACAAUUUUCCACACUUGUCAUUGCCUAUAUGUCGAUACUGCUGAUGCCUUUAAAUCUUUUCCUUGACCUGUAUAAUUUGUUUGUAUGAAGAUCCAUGAACUGAUGACUGAGAAAUUAAGCCGAAAACCUACUGUUGCCAAGUGAUAAAAAAAAGCCUUUCCAUGAAGGCGUGCUUCCUGACAGUAACAAGUAUAUUUAUUGAUUAACAAAGUUUACAACAUAUGCAUGCUAAAGGUAAGCCCGAGAAAGGCCAAACAAGAACCUACACGGAACAGCACCGCAAGUAAUAAUAGGGUGAAAAACAAAAACACCCCACACCGCAGCAUUUGAUAUCACUGCAACACAGCAUUAAGGUUGGAUUUUAUUCUCAGUAUCACUGCAUUAGAAAAACAAUCAACACUGCAACACCUCAAAGCCCCUUGCCCCCCUCUAUUAUCCAUGCAGAAUAAUAGUUAAAUACAAAAAUAUAUUAAGCAAGCUAAUCAUUUUAAUUGCAGAAUGCACCUUGGCAAGCACCAGGACAGUACCUUUUCUGUGGGUUGAUGCUUCAGACUUUACAGUAAUUGAAAAGUUGGCAGUUGCUGUUUUCAACCAGGUAAUAUAAGAGACAAACUCGCAUUUGAUAAAGUUAUAAUUUGUUCUUGAAACUAGGUUAUUAAAACUCAAUAUAGGUCAGUCUGUAUAUAGGCGAAAACUGCCCCAGGCCAUACUCAAGCCCGUCAAGGCACAUUUUUUCCCUAUACUAACCUAGGCUGGCAAAUAACGUUUUCCUUUUUCAUAUUAUAUUUUGUAUGGUAAAGAAACCUAGAAAGAUUGUGUAUCACAUUUUUGUCUGCUUUCGCACUUAUUCAAUGCCAAGUUGUCGGAAGGUAUCAAGUUAGAUUCCCCACUUCAGAUAUUGCCUUUCUGGUGUUCAAAUUGGUUGACUCAAUGGUGGUUAUCAGCUCAUAUACUGUAUGACCUUAUAUGGAAUGGAUGGGUGAAGUGUUCACAAUAUUAUUAUGUUAACUGCAACACUAAUUUUUCUUAACAAAAUCAUUCAAUUAUUUAAAUCAUUUUUGUUUCAGUUUUGCCCUCUGAUUUCUUUGCAUUGUCUGGGCAGCCCCAUUUUCUUUAUUAAAAUGCCCUAAUAACAUGGAUUAUAAGAGUCAGUUUUUUGAAUUGUAUGAAGUAAUUAACUCAUGACAUAUUGCUUUUGUGAAUUGUACCCUAUAAAACCAUUCUAAAUAAAAUAACAUCUGAAGACCUUGAUAUUUAUUAAUUUUGUAAAAUUGGUUAAAUUAAUUUCAAGUCUCAGAAGAAAACAAGUGGAAAAAGGGCACAUCAGAGUCCUAGGACUGUUCCAGUAUUAACUAUGAAUCCACAAGUGCUAAAGAAAAUCAUAAAGAAUGACAAAGAAAAGAUAGCAAGGUGAUUAAAAUAUUAAUAUUGAUGUUGACUGAUGUUAUUGGUCAGAGUGACAUUUAAUGUUGAAUUGGACCCAGUAGAAAGCUUCAGGAGUGUUCAAAGAUUGUCUGAACAUCUCUGGACAUGUUUGGCAACGCUUGGAUGUCUUUGGAAACCAUCGGUAAUCUUCAAAAGUUGCCGGGCCAUUUCCGAAAAUCCCAGUCAUGAUGGAAGGAAAAUCUCAAGCAUUUGGGUCAGAAAAAGGUGGGAGAUUAUAUUUUAAAACAAUUUUGAUUUCUGAUGGUCGAUACCGGAAGUUUGUGAUGUUGUGACAGACGUUAUUUGUAUUCUCGGUAAUGGACUGGAUUUACCAUGCAACUGAGGUUCACGUGGGGGAAUCUUUUUUUAAUGCAAAUGACGUGGAUCUCUUUUUAAUGAUAUUCCCCCGCAUAAGUCUCCAUCUCAAGCUACAACCAGUUGCAAAAAUGUUGAGACACUCCCACGGAAAAACGACCUUUCUUGCUUCAAAUUGCUCCUGGUCACAGGUUUGUAAGAUAAAAUACUGACUUCCCUUCUCCCUCCCAUUCAAAGUUGUUCCUCCAAGUUUUGAGUAUGGUCUUGUAUUGCUAGCAACUUUGAUAAGGGGUGGAGGGGGAUCACAAGCACAAGAUCACGGACAGGCCAUUUAUGCCAAAAUACGGUACGGUGUCUCAAGUACUUUUGCAACUGGUUGUAGCUCCAGUCUAAUACUGAGAAUACGAAUAAUUAUGGUCUAUUAUACCUUAAUUGAUUGAAUAUUGUAUAGAGAAUCUAAAAUGGAAGGAGUAAAAGCUUCAACCACAGUAAUGGUGGUUAACGAUUCUACUAUAAUAAUCACUUCAAAAACUCCAUAAAAAAUUACAACUUAUCGCAAGCAUUUGUAUAGUUUUUAAAUUAAGGAUUGAACAGUUUAUAAAACGAUUCAAUUCCAUGUAGCUAAACAAUUUAAAUUUUUCAAGUAUUGUAAUAUGGUGGUUUUUUUCACAGAGUCUUUUCAAGAAUCGCCGUAAUUCCCUUCAAUAGGGUUUCACCAAAGCAGGACUUCGGGAAGUCCAUGACGUUCCAGACGGAAAUUAAACCCCUUAUUGAGUCAGCCAUUCAAAGCAUUGGCACUAUUCUUGAAUUCAGUGCAGCCUUCGCUACAAUGCAAUCUGACAGUAUAUUCAAGGAAGUUCUGGCUCUCAGUAAUGACCUGAGUGAUCUUGACAUGAGAGCUCAGUUCAACUAUUCUAUGUUGCUUUUCUACACAGGAAAGGUACGUUAACGUAAUCAUUUCUUUCUCAUUAUAACUGAGGUAACUCAGACUAUUGUUAAGACUCUGGAUUCUUUUCCGUGGAGAAACCAUUUGAAAGUACAGUACAAAAUUUACCAAUAGAAACAGGUAUAAUAGAUGUCGUUUGGCUAAAAAAUACUGUAUUUUGAAAUUCUGACCUCUCACACAGCAACAAGGUCCUGCCACCUUAUAAGUCAUGCAGUGAUCUGAAAAUAACCCCAUACAAUAAAGAAACUUUUUAUUAAUUAAUAGCAAUGUCUGAAUGACUAAUAUUUCAUAUUUGUUGGGCCAUUUCCUUACCGCGGUUUGGACUCCUUGCAAAGUUUUUAUCGAAAGUAUGUUAACUCAAACGUUUUCAAUUUGUUGUUUUUGUUUUAUGAUGAACACUGAUUACAUUCUCGUUUAAUUUGUGUGUUGUACAGAUUCUCGAAAAGCUUGGAAUGAAGGAUGAGUACUGUCCUCUUGUGAAAGAUUGGAUGGUACAACGUGUGAUUCCCAAUCACAAAGCAAUCAUGGCUUUAGAGAAUAAGCCAUUGGUGAAUACAGAUGAGCCAAGCCAAGUUCACGACGAGAAAGACUCAGAGGACCUUGUAAAGAACAUUAUAAACAAGGCAGUUGAAAAUCUUCUGAAGGUAACAAUAAAAUAUAGACAUAGAAUUAGCCUGUAUAGCAGUAAUAUUCCUUUUCACAAAUGGAAAGUAUUGGCAGAUUUUGAUUAAUUUUUAUCUGGUACAUGAUAAGGCAUUGAUUAUAAUGGUCAUAAAGCUCACUGUCAGCUGUCGUGUACCAGUAGCUGAACAAUUAUCCAGUCACAAUUGAAAUUAUUGUAUUUUGUAGGUUCAGUCGUUUUUCAAGCCAAAAUUUGUUGCCCAAAAAUGUGCAUGUGGUGAGGUAUUUGGCUUCAAAGUUGUACCUAUGCUACAAUUUAUGAACCUGAAGGAUGCACAAGCCAGUGGAGAGGUCCUCAGGAGCUAUGUACGACGCACAGGAAUAGGGUACAAUGGCAUAAAAUUGCGACUUGUGGAUGGCAUUCAACACCAUGAGACCCACAUAAGGAGAAAGGUUUUGCCAACAGAUUUAUUGGCGAAGCUGGACAGUGGUAUGUAG